AUGGGAAAUUAUUGCCAAUAAGUUGAGAUAAAUGAUAAAGAUUUUGCAUCUGUCUCAAUUGAAAACAGACAAUAGGCUUUUUUAAUAAAUAAGUUUGACACUAAAUGUUUUAAUCUUAAUAUUUCAGAUGUAAGAAAGUUGGCAUAAAUUGAAUCAUUAAAUAGUACAUCUCAAUCUACAGAUAAAGUAAAGUGUGUUCCUUUUAAUCUAAAACAACAUCGAAAAAGAACUUUACAUCUUGAAACUAUUUAGGAUUCAGGUGUUCAAUCUCCUAAUAGUUAGAAUGGAGAGUUUUUUGAAUUUGCUAAUGGAGUUUAUAUGGGAUAGAUUAUAAAUGGAAAAAGAGAAGGGGAAGGAUAAUUCUUUUAUCAUGACGGUUCUUGCUUUAAAGGAGUAUGGAAGAAUGAUAUGGCAAAUGGUUUUGGAAAGAUUAUUUUUUAAGAAGGUGAAAUAUAUGAAGGAAAUUUUAUAAAUGAUUAAUAAGAGGGAUUUGGUAAGUAUACUUCAAAUUAGGUGAAAUAUGAAGGGGAGUGGAAAGAAAAUUAACCUUAUGGAUUAGGAAAAGAAAUACUUAAAUAAUAGUACAUAUAUGAAGGGGAAUUCUAAAAAGGAUUAAAACAUGGUAAAGGUAAAAUUUAAUGGUUGAUUGAUGGAGCUAGUUAUGAAGGAGAUUUUUUAGAUAAUUAAAUGAAUGGAAAAGGAACUUAUUACUUUCCAGAAGGUUAAAUAUAUGUUGGGGAUUUUAAAGAUGGAUAAAUGCAUGGAGUAGGAACAUUUACUUGGCCUGAUGGUAAAGUUUAUGAAGGGAACUAUAAUAAAGGAAAAAAAUAAGGAAUUGGAAAACUCACUACUAAUAAUCUAGUUUAUAAUGGAGAAUGGUAUGAUGGAGUAUAUGAUGGUUAUGGUAUUCUAGAAGUUUAAGGUAAAGUAAUUGAAGGUUAUUGGGAUAAUGGUAUUUUUUUAAAAUGA